GGAGCACAGCGCCUCUGCUUCCGUUUCAGUCACUCCCCGAUCCAUCCAAAUUCCAAGACAAGCUCCUCGUGCUUUCCUGCCUUGCCGCUGCGUCGCUCUCGCUCUCCACGGCACGCGCACGCAACGCGCGACGCGGUCCGGCGCUAGCUGAGCUGUGACUAGCCGAGCAAACACCCGCGGCUCGCCACCCCGACGGUUACCGCCGCGCGCCACCCCCCACCCGCACUGCAUAAAAACGCCCCACCUCCGCCGAAUCGCCGAUCCGCGCGCUGCUACCACCACAAACAUUCUACCGCGGGACACACACUCGUCUUUACCACACAACACGAGCACGCGCGCGAGAGAGAAAGGGGGAGAUAAGAGCAGUUUGACUUCGAGCUUCAACCACAGCCGAGUGAUCCAUGGCGGCAGGGGAGCAACCGGGAACUGGGUCGCCGCCGCAGCCGUCGACCCGCCUCUUCCUCCUCGUCCUCGCAGUCAUCCUCACAGAUCAAGUGCUAGCGGCAUCAGCUCAAGGCAUGUCAAUCGGGAUCAACUACGGGCAGAUCGCGGACAACCUCCCUUCUCCGACCAGGGUCUCGGGUCUCCUCCGGUCAAUGCAGAUCAGCAAGGUGAAGCUCUACGACGCCGACCAGAACGUCCUGAGCGCGUUCCUCGACACGGGCGUGGAGUUCGUCGUCGGCAUCGGCAACGAGAACGUGUCGGCGAUGGUGGACCCGGCGGCGGCGCAGGCGUGGGUGCAGCAGCACGUCCGCCCCUACCUCCCGAGCGCGCGCAUCACCUGCAUCACCGUCGGGAACGAGGUGUUCAAGGGCAACGACACCGCGCUCAAGGCCAACCUCCUGCCGGCGAUGCAGUCCGUGUACAACGCCGUCGUCGCGCUCGGGCUGCAGGGCCAGGUGAACGUCACGACGGCGCACUCCCUGGACAUCAUGGGCAGCUCCUACCCUCCCUCCGCCGGCGCGUUCCGGCCCGACGCCGUGCCGUACAUCCAGCCGCUGCUCAACUUCCUGUCCAUGGCGGGGUCCCCGUUCCUGAUCAACUGCUACCCGUACUUCGCCUACAAGGCCGACCCGGGCAGCGUGCCGCUGGAGUACGUCCUCUUCCAGCCCAACGCCGGCGUGACCGACCCAAACACGAAGCUCAACUACGACAACAUGCUGUACGCCCAGAUCGACUCAGUGUACGCCGCGAUGCAGGCGCUGGGCCACACCGACGUCGACGUGAAGAUCUCCGAGACCGGGUGGCCGUCCAGGGGCGACCCCGACGAGGCCGGCGCGACGCCGGAGUACGCCGGGAUCUACAUCGGCAACCUCCUGCGGAGGAUCGAGAUGAAGCAGGGGACGCCGCUGAGGCCGUCGUCGCCCAUCGACGUCUACGUCUUUGCGCUGUUCAACGAGAACCUCAAGCCGGGGCCGGCAUCCGAGCGGAACUACGGGCUGUUCUACCCCGACGGCACGCCGGUCUACGACGUCGGCCUGCGCGGGUAUCUCCCGCCGAUGGACGAAUCGAAAAGCGCGCGAAAGGCGGUUUCAGUGUUAGCUCUCAUCGCCAUUGCAUCGAUCACUCUCAUCUUAUCCUGAGAGUAUAUACUUUUGUCCAGUUCAGUAAAGUAGAGUAAAGGUGCAGCAUCUCUUGCUGCUGAAGAUUCCCAUAGAAGAAAGCAAGGGAUGCUUCGGGAGCACAAGAUCAUUCAGAUUUCAGAACGAUAGGAUCGCCCAUGCAUUUAGUGUGUCUUUUUAUUUUUAUUUGAUACUAGCAUUUAGGGGCUAAAUUUGGCACAGAUAGUGAUGUAGAAGUAGAAACUAACGAAAGCUUCGAGAUGAUACAAGUCCAGAUCUGUAAUAUACGACCUUGGUUUGAUACAAUUCUUGUUGAUUAAUUUCUUAUUGAUACAUUUUGAUUUGUUUAUGCAAACUGUAUAUUGUAUAUAUCAGUGGGACAAUCAUCGGUACAUAAGUUCAGAGAGAUAUUUGUAGUAUUGUACAUAUUAUGUGGCCCUUUUCGAUGUGUAAUAAUUUUGAUCUGAGAGUUUCAGGGCGUAGUACUCGUGCAGACAGGUGUGUAUAAUACAGUAGUACAUGUGUGAUUAUAAAAGUUGCAAAAUUGUAACCUAAUUAAUACCCCCCCUAUGUUUCAACAUUUUUACUUAUUAUCCCACACAUAUCAAUAAGAAACCAAUGAAUACACCCAUAUUCUUCAUUUUUACCUACUUACUUUUACAAACAUCGAUACAAUGACUGCUAAAAAUGAACUUAUUUACUUACUAUUAUUCUUCAUUUUAUCUACUUACAAUUUAUUUAUGUUGUACUUUUACAAACUCCGAUACGAUGACUGCUAAAAAUCAACUUAUUUACUUACUUUGGUAUAUACGAAAAGGACGAAAAAUGGACUUAUUCCCGGACAGCAGGAGUAGUUAGGUCUCAAAGGAUUGGCAAAGUACUUUUUUUUUUUUUUGGAGAACUCAACUUCCUAAGGAUUUUUUUUCCCUAUAGAGCCCUUAAUUUGAUUAAUAGGAAGAUGAUAAGAAAUUUUCUAUAGGAUUGUAUCCCUAUAGUCAAUUUCAUAGGAAACCUCUUAGGGAACUUUCAUUUGGAUUAUUUUCCUCCAGUGCAAUCAAAGGAUUUUCUUUCUGUUUUACAUGUUUUCAAUAAUUGGAUGAACAUAUUACUUUAGUUUCUGUGUUUUUCUUAUAUCUAUGUUUUUACUGUACUGUGUUUUAAAGGGUCCUGGUGUCGAAAAUGACCGAGUAUAGAUGCAGUUGUAGCCAUCUAGCGGAAGAACCCACCUGACAAGCUCGUAAUUAAUUAAUUACUAGUAAACGUGCACGUGAAAUCCACGUGACAUAAUAUUUGAUGAAUAAAUAAUAUGCAAGGAAAAUAUGGCGUUGUCAUUGAUCAAUGUACGUGCAUGCAAUCUCUUGAAUGGGCAGAGCAUGCUAGCCCAGAAGCAAAUCAACUUGAAAUUCACAAUCGCCACCAUCUAGCUAAAAAAUCUGAAAUCUUAGCCUACUACUACAGUUUGAGACAAAAUGAGGCACUUCUUUUAUUCAGUUUGACACGUUGCAGUAUUUACACCUAUAAAUAAAUCCAAAUAAACCCUAAAAAUCCUUAGGAAACAUCAAUAACCGAGCCUCUCAAAUGGAAAUUUAUCAGAUCUUCUCAUGGUAGCCUCUGCUAUUGUGUUCUCCCUGUGCAAAAUAGAGCCCAGGUUUGCAGAAGCUUACUGCCCCCGCGUCAACUUAGCUGAGCUGCAAACCUUCUUCAU